AAAAAAGGCUCUGAGGACAUGUGUACGAAAGCCUGGGUCUCGGCGCGUCCAAGAGGCGCGAGAGAUGAGCUGGCCAUCGUCUCAUACUUGACACAACUUGGGGUCACCUGAUUUGGGUCGGUUGCUCGGGAAUGUGUCGAUGGGCGUCCUCUAUGAUCUGUCAUUUGCGUUCUUUGUCUUCUUGACGGGGGCUUCCGUCCUGGCGUCCGGUGCAUCAUUGGGAUAUCAGGCUUUGUUUAGCGCUUCUGACACUGUGGCUAACUGGAACGUCAUCGCGAUAGUUGGCUCAUACGUAGCUCUGGUACGCCAAGCUGGCGUAUGUGAAAUUUAUCGAUACCUCACAGCGAGAACAGGCUAUCGUAUCACUUGGAGUCUAUACUAGCCGGAAAAUUACGACGAUCAGAAGUAUGAGACAAAUCCCCAGAAGCUGCAUGCCGUUGGAGGACGGGGACGUUCCAUCAGUGAGUGGCUCCAUCACUCUGUUCCCCCCCUCGCUCAUAUCUCCUGCAGAGCGUUGCACGGCUUAUUUCUUUGGAGUAUGACAGGGCGUGUGGUAUCGCCAGGCUUUCGCAACCCUCAGCAAAGUUUCAGGAGGGUUGGGGCACUCCAGGUAAGCAUUAUUGAAGAAGAACGACACCCUGUCUUAUGGUUGCUGCAAGGAAGUACUCUCGAGGGUGUUUUCUUCAGGAAGGCCAUGCUUGAGACCCAUGGGACAGAUCGCGAAGCUCGUGUUCUGUUGUCAUCUUAUCCGCCAUUGAAGCCGCAUAAAACGGCUGAAGGCCAUCUGAAAGCGCUCGAGGCUCUAAUCAAC